UAGUUGACGGCGGAAAACGGCUAUAGGAUCGCGGAAAAUGUACACAGUACCGCGGGAAAUAAUCUGAGGACUACGGAAAACUAAUGCUGGACGGUGCGGACUCUUUUCCGAUCGGGGACUGUAGUCUUUUUACGUUCCAUGACGAGGAAUCAUUACCACCCGGCGUCCAUCUGCGCUAUCUGCGCGGUACGCGGUGCAUCCAACACUUGCACCGACGCGGUUGUAGGCAUACCGUCCGUGCACCAAGGAAAUAAUAAUAUGGUCGGACAGCCGUGUUUUGUAUAUUUACGUUUUCGCUGAUCCGAGAUUAUCUACUGUUUUUAUUGUUUUUUUUUUUUUUUUUUUAUUAUUAUUCCCAAACCGGCGGAUUCAACGGCUCGUUGCUGCUUCGCGUUUCGUUCCGUUCAACCGUCGACGUCGUCCUUUGUCGCCGACUCGGCCUACGCAAUCGAAUCGCCGACACCACCGCCACCGCAGCUCUAGCCGCCGCCCGAGUGCCUAGUACGUCAGAACAGCAGCCGCGGAGAAACCGGCCGCAACAUGGUCCUGAUUAAGGAGUAUCGUAUCUGUAUGCCACUGACCGUAGACGAGAAUAUGAAAAGAAAAUAAUGUUGUUGAACACUGAACAUACAAAUAAAAUGGAGAUUAAACAAGAAAUUGUACCAUCAACACCAGUACUAAAAUGGAAGAAAAUAGUUGAUCCUAUUGGACCUCAACCAAGACCUCGUCAUGGGCAUCGAGCAGUUGCUAUUAAAGAUCUUUUAAUUGUUUUUGGUGGUGGAAAUGAAGGAAUUGUCGAUGAACUUCAUGUUUAUAAUGCAGCCAACAAUCAAUGGUUUAUACCACAGACUUCUGGUGAUAUACCUCCAGGAUGUGCUGCAUAUGGUUUAGUAGUUGAUAAUACUAGACUAUUAAUUUUUGGAGGUAUGGUCGAGUAUGGAAAAUAUUCAAAUGAACUCUAUGAAUUACAAGCGAGUCGGUGGCAUUGGAGUAAACUUCAACCUAGACCUCCUCUUUAUCACAUGUCACCUUGCCCACGGCUUGGUCACAGCUUUACCCUAAUAGGGAAUAAAGUUUAUUUAUUUGGAGGGUUAGCCAAUGAUAGUAAUGACCCAAAAAAUAAUAUACCUCGUUAUUUAAAUGAUUUAUAUACGUUAGAUAUAUCUUCACCAGAAGCUUUAGCCUGGGAUAUACCAGAAACUGUUGGGGAUUUUCCACCUCCCAGAGAAUCCCACACAGCUGUAGCUUAUACUGACUCAAGAGGAAAAUGUAAACUUAUUAUUUAUGGUGGUAUGAGUGGUUGUCGAUUAGGAGAUCUAUGGACAUUGGACAUUGAUACUAUGUCAUGGAAUAGGCCUAUUGUCUUAGGUCCAAAACCAUUACCAAGAUCUUUGCACACUGCAGUAACAAUAAAAAAUCGUAUGUUUGUUUUUGGUGGUUGGGUACCAUUUGUUGAAGAAGUGAAAUUACCUAUCCAUGAAAAAGAAUGGAAAUGUACUAAUCAACUGGCUUGUUUAAAUUUAGAAACUAUGACGUGGGAGGAUUUAAACAUGGACAUGAAUGAAGAUAAUAUGCCAAGAGCUAGAGCUGGCCAUUGUGCUGCCAAUAUACAGACAAGAAUGUAUGUAUGGUCAGGUAGGGAUGGAUAUAGAAAAGCAUGGAAUAAUCAAGUUUGUUGUAAAGAUUUAUGGUACUUAGAAGUAGAUAAACCUCAAAAAUGUGCUAAAAAUCAACUAGUUCGAGCAUCUACAAAUGCUUUAGAAAUAGUAUGGAACAGUGUACCAACAGCUGAUGCAUAUAUUUUGCAAAUUCAAAAAUAUGAUCAACCAGCUGAUACAGCUGCUCCAACUCCACCAACCAUGAUUGAUUAUUCAUUAUUACCUUUUUUGACCCCUGAAUUAGCUAAAAAAAAUACAGACAAUGAUGAUUGUCAAAUUGUACCUGCUAAUUCUAAAGCUGGAAGCCCAGCUAAACCAAAUCAAAUGAUACAGAUAUUACCCCAGGGUUCCACUGUUAACUCCUCGUCUUUGAUAAAAGAUCAACAGUUUACUCCUGUCACUGCUCAAGCAUCUGGAAAUAUGAAAAUAAAAACUGUUCAAAGUACUAAUGUAACACCAUCCUUACCACAAAAUUUCAAAACAGUUAGCCCUGUUACACCAAAGACUUCGGCAUUUGUCACCUCACCUUCUAUGGACAUGCUGUCAGAUGCUGCUAUGCAUACUCUAGCUGCUGCUGCAUCAGCUACCCAAAAGAUCAAAACCACUAAUGUAGUUUCUAAACAAUCAGAACUUCCAAAACCUGUUAUUAAGACUUCAAGUGCUCCAUUUAAAAUUGUUCAGACACAAAGAUCUAUAAAAAAUGUAAUGUCUCCUGUAAGCACAACAGUUUCACAACAGCAAGCAGUUCGCAUAACUGGACCUGCCAUACAGACUGGUACAGUUGCUGGAACUGUUCUUAAGACUGGGUCUAAUGUUUUUGGAAAGCAAGUAAUUUUUCAAAAACCAGGUGGUUCACAGUCAAAUUUUGUUACUUUAGUUAAGACCAGUCAAGGUAACCUUAUACAAGGUAUUCCUGGGAAAAUGAUAGGAACGACUACACCAAAUAAGAAUAUGCAACCGUCUGUUCUUAAGUUUAUUAACCCUCCAAUAAAUCAACAAAGUAGUCCUAUGAAAACAAAUCAAACUAUGAAAACUGUACCAUUAAAAACUGUUGGUGCAAGGUUGCCAGUUGCUGCUAAUAAACCAACUAUUGUUAUUCAAAAAGGUAACACAAACCGAUCAGCAUCCCCACAAAUAAUAAUUGUAACAACUGGUUCGAAUCUCAGGGGUAUACAGACUUUCUCAGCUUCUCAAGCUAAUAUCACUAAUCGCACCAGUGUUGCUAACUCACCAGUUCAAAUGGUUAUGGUAUCAUCAGGAGGCAAUACUCCAACUGGUAGUAAACCUAUAACUAUUACUAUGGCAGGUGCUGGUAAUCGUAAAAUGGUCACUCUUGGCAAAUCAAAUUUAACAGGGAUGACAAUUGGUGGUAAGCCUGUAACUCUUCAAAUGGUUAGUGGUCAAAAUAACAUGGCUAUCUUGACCUCAAAUUCCGGCGGUAAUGUUGUUCAACUAAAAAAUACCAAUAUUGUGAAUACACCUGUUACAUCAAGAUCUGGAAUCAAUUCGAAAGUACCAUCUUCUGUUAAACUUUCUACUGAUUUACCAGCUAGUACUGAAUCAGCAUUAACUCAGUUAGCUGUGGAAGCAGGUAUAAUAGAUUCAUCCAAUAAAAGUAACAAUGAUAUGGAAGAUUCAACAGAUUAUACUAAAGAAGAAUUGGAUAACUUAAUUCGAGAAGAAGGAAUUGAGAGUCUAGAUGUUGAUAUGUCUGAUAUGAAUAGUGCUGAAGAUGCUUCUAAUGAUAUUGACUGAAUAAGAAAAUAAAAUGUAUUCUUAUGAUUUCAGUAACUUUUUGUUUUAUUUAUAGUUAAUUUUUUAUUUUGUCUGUGCAAGCCUCAUUAUUUCAAUUAGCCUACUUUAGCCUAUUUAUAUUGUAUACUAUAUUUUUCAUAAAAUGUUUUUUUCUAAUCACAGAAAAAUAUGGGUAGUUGUAAU